CUACACCCAGAGCUGUACCUGCACUAGAGGAUUCCUCCCGGGGAAGCAGCAGUCUGUCAGCAUGGCUCAAGAGUUUGUAAACAGCAAAAUCCAGCCAGGGAAGGUAGUGGUGUUCAUCAAACCCACCUGCCCUUACUGCAAAAAGACCCAAGAGAUCCUGGGCCAAUUGCCCUUCAAAGAAGGGUUUUUGGAAUUUGUCGAUAUCACAGCCACCGGUGACACAAAUGAGAUUCAAGAUUAUUUGCAACAGCUCACUGGAGCCAGAACGGUGCCCCGGGUCUUUCUGGGUAAAGAUUGUAUAGGUGGAUGCAGUGAUCUAGUAGCUAUGCAACAGAAUGGGGAACUCUUGAAGCGGCUAAAAGAAAUUGGAGCUCUACAAUAAUUACAGUUCCCAAGCUGAAGUCCCCCUGAGAGAUGGAUGGCAUCGCAAAUGAUGACAGCACAUCAGUGAAUGAACCGGGGCUCUAUUUACCCAGCUACAGCAACUGUUGACUGCCAAUUCUGAAAUAAUAUUAAUGAUAAAAAGGGAAG